AUGAGAAAACACGAAAACAGAGAGAGUCAUAUACAAAAUUCCCGACAAAUUGCACUACCGAAGAUUAAAAAAUUCGUUGAACCAAGAAAAACUAUUAAAGAUGCAGAAAUUCAAAUAUGUGCAUGGGCGGUGGAGCACAACAAAUCUGCUAAGAACGUAGAGGAAUACGCAAAAUUAUCAAAAAUUAUCUUCUCUGACUCAGAAAUAGCCAGAAACUUAUCGUUAGGACGUACAAAAGCUACCGCCAUCGUCUCAUGUGUUCUUGGUGAAACUCAUAACAAGCAACUGACAGAAGUUUUGACAAAGAAUUAUUUUAGUUUACUCAUUGAUGAGUCUACAGAUGUGUCAACUAAAAAAACAUUGGUCAUGGUUGUUCGAACUCAUAGUUGGGUUGAUGAUACGCUAACUAUUCGGGACUAUUUUUACCAUGUUGCUGAGAUGAUAGAAACCGAUGCUAAAUCAAUAUAUAGUGCAAUAAUUAACAAAUUCGUAAUGGAUGAUAUACCGUAUAAAAAAAAUUUAAUUGGUUUUGCGGCUGAUGGAGCCAAUGUCAUGUUUGGAUCCAACAACUCUGUUUCUGUUUUGCUAAAGAUGGAUUGUCCUAAUUUAGUAUUAAUCAAAUGUAUAUGCCAUUCGUUUGCACUGUGCGCCUCUUAUGCUUGUAAAAACAUCCCUCCGUAUGUUGAACAGAUGUGUAAAGAUAUUUACGCAUUCUUGAGCAAUAGCCCUCUGAGAACUGCCAAGUUUGUAGAACUGCAGCAUUUGAUGGAUCUUAAACCACUGAAAAUGCUGCAUCCUGCCGCAACUCGUUGGUUGUCAUUAGAGAUGGUGGUAACGAGAAUCUUGGACCGAUUUGAUUCACUAAAAAUAUACUUUAGUUUUCAAGACACCUGUGUUGAUGGAAAGCAAAUUCAAAAAAUGAAAGAAAUCCAAGAAUGCUUAGAAAAUCCUUUAACUGAACUCUAUCUGAAUUUUUUGGCAUAA